CAAUUGUUUUGGACAAUUGCAAACUGGAUUUAACAACCAAAAAAAAAAAAAUUGCUAAUUUUUGUAAAACUUCUAUCCAACACCAACAGACAGCCAUGACUCAACACAACAAAAUGAACGCCUAUCUUCUUUUAGCGAUAGUGGCCUCAAAUUGCAUAUUGCUGACCUAUGCCUAUCCACAAAAUGAAAUUGCCCAAAGGCGCAUGUUGACCAGCAGAGCAGAUCAUUUACAAUCGCCCGUCUAUAAUGCAGCUGCUGAGACAUCUCGAAAAUAUGCUGUUAAACCCAAUGCCUCAAAGAAGGUUGCUCUGGAUGCCGUCGAAGAUGAUAUCGAAGGCAAUCAAAUACAGGAUGCUCCCAAUGGUUUCUCAUGGUCCAAUAUGCUGUCGACAGUGUUGACAAUGUUCUUCAAUGGUGGUGCCAAUGCUCCCACAAAAUCCGAUGAUGUUGACAGUAUUGGAGGAUUUGGUGGUUCACCCUGGGCCAAUGUUAUAUCCAUGGGCUUGAAAAUCAUUAACACUUUGUUGGGCGGUGGUGCCCCCAGUGAUGGCAUCGAUAAGAUCGACAAUGGUGGCUCUCCAAUGCAGGGCAUCUUGGCGGCUGUAUUAUCAUCGGUACUUGGUACAAAAGAUCCAGAACAAGUCAACUCAAUGGCCAAACAAGCUGGAGAGUUCAUACAAAUUGUUAUGAAUCUAUUGGAUGCCCUGAAGACUUCAUUCUCGCACCGUUCGCUGUCUGCUCGAUCCUUGGGCAAACGCGAUUCCGUCAGUGAUGCUGCCGUUGCCAGUAUCUCCAUGCUGAAGGGUUACGUACGCACAUACCGCAAUUCUGAUGACAAGUGCCUGCAACGCUACAUGUGCGAGGCCAACACGGAGUGUACCCGCGAAAUCGGAGGCACCAGCAUUUUCUGCCAAUUGGGAUCAUACGCCACCAGCUACUUUUUGGACCGCACUACCGGCGGUGGCAGCUUUGAGCAAAUGUACGAUGCUGGCCGCAGAGGGCGCUCUGGUUUUGACUGUUCGCAAUUAUACUUGGAGUGCAAUGAAGUUUAA